UAUCUUGAAUUUUCAAGGAAAUAUCAGUAAAAAACUGAAGAAAUAAUAAAACUUAUCCAAAAUGGAACCUUCGACAAGUGGCGAAGGAGCUACAGGACCAGGUCCUGAUGCUCGACUUGAAUUCAUGGGUUCUUACGUAAUCAAGUCUCUGAAACUGAAACCCGAAAAAUGGACAAGGGUCAUCACUGUGGAAGAACACAAGGGUGUUAUUAAAGAAUUUCUAGAUCGUCCAGUUCCAGUAGUCUUAGUUAUUAUUUUAACACAAGCUGCACAAUUAGUUCCAUCGACAACAUUUCCAUUAUCUCAGUUAAAAAGCAAAGGUGUCUACUUUAUUAAAAAACAACCAUUACCAGUGCCGAAGGAAGAUUGUGAGCAUUUCAUUAUUGUUGGUGACCUAGCCACACGGACAAUUGAUCAAUUGUCUGCAUUGGUUGAAGAAGUAUUGGUACCAUUAUUAUCGAAUGAAGACAAUUACAAGUCGUGGCCAGAUAUGGUUGCGCAAGAUGUUCAAAAACAUGUACACAGUUUGAAAAGUACUGUACAUCAAGUUAAAGGUCAGGUUAGUGGUGAAACUAUACUUGCAAUGCCAGUUGGUGUGGAGAAGAUCGUUAAGGCAGCUAAAGAAUUAAUGGAUACGCAAAAGUGUAGUUUUGACUUGUAUUUGAAAAGUGCUAUUGAAGGAGUUGUUAUUAAAUGGGCUACACAAAUUCAUGAUGUUAUUAAGGAGAGUCCGUCGAAUGCUUUUCUGAAUAAUCAAAAUCCAACACCACAUGCUGAAAUCGCUUUUUGGAAUAAUCGCUUGAAGAAUCUUUCGUUUAUAUUUGAACAACUUCGAAAUGAAAGAAUUCGUUCAAUGGCUCUUAUAUUGGAACAUUCACAAAGUGCAUAUUUUCCAUGUUUUCAAACACUAUUUAAAAAUGUCGUUACAGCUUUGGCUGAAGCAAAAGACAUCACUUUGUAUUUAACACCACUUAAAAAGCAACUUGUUCAAUUGGAAGAAAUUGACUUCGCAGAAGCAAAACCGUUACUUAUUCCGUUAAUGCACGUAGUUUGUAAUUUAUGGGGAAGAUCCAGAUACUAUUGUCAUUCUUCAAAAAUAACUGUUCUACUUAAACAAAUGUGCAAUCUUAUUAUAUAUCAAGCAAAACGUUUCUUAGAUCCUUCAUCAAUUUUCCACACUGAUAUUGAAGAAGCCAUGCAACGUUUAACACUAUCAAUUCAAAUUUUAAAAUUCUUUCGAGAACUAUUCGAUUAUUAUAGAGAAAAUUUGGCAAGUUAUUUCACCGAAGAAGAUCGUGCUCCGAUACUCUGGACAUUUCAUCCCAAUUCAGUAUUUAAACGAUUCAAUGCUUUUCUUGAACGUUUAACAACUAUUCAGUGGUACGUAGCAUUCAAUAAUUUUGAUUUGUAUAUUUUUGAAAAUCUUUUCUAUUUAAGGUUUUUCUUCACGGUUAUGGAAUUUCUAAAAUUAGAAAAAGUCGAAAUUGGUGGCUUAAGAGGUCGUCAACUCAGUGCACGUAUUGUAGCCGUCUAUGUAGAAUUCAAUCAAUACUUUACAGCAUUUGCUUCGAAAAGCUACGAUGUCCUUGAUCCUGAUGACCAUGAGUUCGAUGUGGAUUUUGAAAAUUUUCAAGCAAGAAUUUUGGAACUCGAUAUGAAACUAGCAGCUAUUUUAUGUCAGGCUUUUGAUGACUGCUAUAAUUUGGAAAGCAUUUUUAAACUUAUUAGCAUUGUUGGAAGUGUAUUGGAUCGUCCAAAAAUAAAAGAAGAAUUCACACAGAGAUAUGCUCAAAUUGUUCGUAUGCUCGAUGAAGAAUUGACAAUUUGUGAAGGAAUAUUUAGCAAUCAGAUGGUCCUGAAAGAACAAAAUAUAUUUCUCUAUCCGGACUAUAAUUUUCCACCAACUUCUGCAUUCAUUCGUUGGUGUGGUCAACUUGCAAAUAGAAUUACGCCACCUGUUAAUAGUUUUCAGGCAUUGCAGCAUCCAGUAACAACUACCGAAGAAGCUUUGGCUAUAAUCGAGCGAUAUCAGCAGCUCAUGGAGAAACUAGCAACAUGUAAAUCAUCUGUCUUUCAAGAAUGGAGUGAACAAAUACCAGAACAAAUUGAAAAGAAUUUAGAAAAUUCAUUAAUUGCUCGAAAUCCCACCAAUAACAUGCUUAUCCUAAAUUUCAGUCCAACUUUAUUCUCUAUCUUGCGAGAGGUGCAUUACCUUAAACAAAUGGAAAUUGAAGGAAUUCCAGAAGUUGCUACUGAAUUUGCUGAAAAGAAUGAAAUCUAUCGAACGUACACUUUGAAUUUGGAAAAAACUAUUGAUUGGUACAAUGCAAUUCAAUUGAAUAGUUCACCGGUAGAAUUGAUAUUGAUUCAGAAGGAAGUGGAACAAAUCGAUGCACUUGUCAUUACUGGAGUUGAGGAACUUGUAUGGAAUUCCGAAAAUAUAACAGAAUACCUUCAGAGACUUCGGGAGCCAGUUGCUGCAUUACAAAAUCGCAUGAAUCACACUCAAGGUAAUCUUACUCAGAUUCAUCACAUAAUGUCGGCUUGGGCUAAGGUGCCACUAUUUGAACGCAAGGACUCUAAAAAGGAUACAGUAUUGUGUUUGGAUGAACGAUCGGACCGAACAACAAAGCGUUAUGCAGAAAUCCGGGCAGCUUCCAAGCAAAUUCAUGAGCUGCUUGAGGAUAAUAUGAUCCAGUUUAAUAUGAAAGAUCGACAGGAUGAUCAAAUGUGGAUUGAUUAUGUGUCGUUUGUGGAUAACAUUGUUUAUGAGAACAUUUUGAAGACAGUAGGUGUAAGUGUUGGGUAUUUGGCAGAAAACAUUGACAUUGAAAAUGGCUACGCUCCAUUGUUUGAAUCGCGGCUUGAACUGGUCGAACCUGAUUUGAAGUUCGUUCCAUCGCUGGAACCCGAAGAUCCACAUGGUUUCAAUAGCAUGCUGAUUGAGCUUAUGCGAGAUAUCCUUAAGAUGGCGAAUCUUAUACAGCGGCUUAAAAAGAGCGAUAAGAAAACUUAUGGGGAGCUGGUGAGCCUGAACCAGGAUAUCAUAGACAUGCGCCGGGAGAUCUUAAACGGUGUUGACAAGGUUAUGGAGGAAGCUUCUGAGUUUUGUCAUCGUUUUGAAAGGUAUUCGUAUCUCUGGCUAGAAGAUCGAGAAGAAUGUAUGUCACUAUUCUUGGAAUAUGGACGAGUAUUGGAUCCCGAUGAGGUUGAUAUGAUCAUGGCCAAGGACCCAUCUGCACCGGAAGUUACGGCCCCAACUAUCGAAGCCUUUCGUGAGCAGAUUGAUAAUUACGAAUCACUUUUUACAGAAAUUGAAGCCAUCUCACCGUUCCAAGUGUUCAAUUCUUGGUUUCAGGUCGAUGUGAGACCAUUUAGACAAGCUCUGCUCAAUACUGUUUGUAAAUGGGGCAAUAUGUUCAAGGAGCAUCUUGUAGAUCGUGUAACAAAUAAUUUGAUGGAUUUGAGUAAUUUUAUUCGCAAAGCCGAUGAAGGACUUUUGCAAACUGUCAAAGAAGGAGAUUAUAAUGGAUUGGUUGGUAUAAUGGCAUACUUGAUGCAGGUAAAAGAACGAGCAGAAAAUACAGAUGAAAUGUUUGAACCUAUGCAAGAAACAAUUCAACUGCUGAAAUACUAUGAUAUGGAUAUUCCAGAAGAAGUUAAUGUUUUGCUACAAGAAUUACCUGAGCAAUGGGCAAAUACUAAAAAAAUUGCUAGUACAGUUAAACAACAAGUUGCACCACUUCAAGCUACAGAAGUUGUUUGUAUUCGCAAUAAAAUUGGUUCAUUUGAAACACAUAUUGCAUUCUUUCGAGAAGUUUUUAAGCAUUAUGAAUUCUUUAAAUUUGAUUGUCAUGAACCGUAUUUAUUGGCCGAUCGAGUUAAUGAUGAUAUGUUCAGGUUGGAAACUAUUAUGCGUGGGAUACAAGAGUCAGGGGGAUUGUUUGAGGUUAACAUACCAGAGUUUAAAGUGCUGAAGCAGUGUCGAAAGGAACUAAGGAUGUUGAAGCAACUUUGGGACUACGUAUACAUCGUUCAAACUUGCAUUGAAGAUUGGAAAACCACACCAUGGCGCAAGGUCGAUGUCGAGAAUAUGGAUAUUGAAUGUAAAAAAUUCGCAAAAGAUAUCCGUCUACUGGAUAAAGAAAUGCGCACCUGGGAUACCUUCCUCAAACUCGAAUCAUGCGUGAAAAAUAUGCUUACAUCGUUGCGAGCUGUUGGUGAACUUCAGAAUCCAGCGAUUCGUGAAAGGCAUUGGGAUCAGUUAAUGUCAUCAACAAAGAAUUUAGCAGCCUUACCGAAGGAUAUCACCGUUAAAUUCAUUAUGGACAAGGAAACAACUUUAGCCGAACUUUUAGGCUUGAACUUGCACGAAUGCGAAGAGGAAGUUAAGAAUAUCGUUGAUAAGGCUGUCAAGGAAAUGUCAAUGGAAAAGGUUUUACGUGAUUUGAACACAACAUGGUCAGCCAUGGAAUUCGACCAUGAACUUCAUCCACGAACUGGAUGUAAUCUGUUAAAAGCAUCCGAAGAGCUUAUUGAAACUUUAGAAGAUAAUCAAGUUUGCCUACAAAAUCUGAUCACUUCAAAGUAUAUUGCCCAUUUCUUGGAGGAAGUAUCAACUUGGCAGAAUAAGCUAAUGAUUGCUGAUCAAGUUAUCACUGUGUGGUUUGAGGUCCAACGAACAUGGACUCAUUUAGAAAGUAUAUUCAUGAGUUCUGAAGAUAUUCGUAAACAAUUGCCAGUCGAUUCGGAUCGUUUCGAUCGCAUAGAUUCUGAAUUUCGAAUUUUAAUGAGUGAAAUGUCGAUAACAUCGAAUGUGGUAAUUUCAACUAAUCGAACUGGUCUAAUUGAACGUUUGGAAACUCUGCAAAGGGAGCUUACACUUUGCGAAAAAGCUUUAGCGGAAUAUCUGGAAACAAAACGACUAGCGUUUCCAAGGUUUUAUUUUGUUUCUUCGGCAGAUCUUUUGGAUGUUUUAAGUAAUGGAAUCCAACCGGAUAUGGUAACCAAACAUCUAACAAAGCUUUUCGACUCUAUUGCAAAGCUUAGAUUCAAUAAGAACGAGUCAAAUGAGAGCGUUUCUGCGUCAGGAAUGAUAGCAAAAGAUGGUGAAUAUGUUGAAUUUAGUGAAAUAGCAAACGUCCGAGGUCCUGUCGAAGUCUGGUUAAAUCGUAUUCAAGACGCAAUGCGAGCAUCACUUCGUCACUAUAUAACCGAAUCAGUUGUAGCUUAUGAAGAAAAACAACGUGAACAAUGGCUUUUCGAUUAUCCAGCACAAGUUUCGCUAUGUGUGUCACAAAUUUGGUGGUCAACAGAGGUAAAUAUUGCUUUUGGUCGGCUAGAGGAAGGGUAUGACAACGCAAUCAAGGACUAUUACAAAAAACAAAUAACACAAUUAAGCCUUUUGAUUACAUUGCUCCUUGGUGAGCUGACCAAAGGUGAUCGUCAGAAAAUUAUGACCAUUUGUACAAUUGAUGUACAUUCUCGCGAUGUGGUGAGUAAGAUGAUUCAGGCGAAAGUAGAUGCUGGGUCAGCAUUUAUGUGGCAAUCACAGCUGCGACAUCGUUAUGAUGAUCAAGAGAAGUCUUGUAUGGCUAAUAUUUGUGAUGCUGAAUUUCAUUAUUGUCAUGAGUAUCUUGGUAAUACACCUCGAUUGGUGAUCACGCCGUUAACAGAUCGUUGUUAUAUAACUUUGACACAAAGUCUUCACUUGGUUAUGGGUGGGGGACCGGCUGGACCAGCUGGUACUGGAAAAACUGAAACUACUAAAGAUUUGGGAAGAGCUCUUGGUAUUAUGGUUUAUGUCUUCAAUUGUUCCGAACAAAUGGAUUAUCAAUCGUGUGGAAAUAUUUACAAAGGUUUAGCUCAAACUGGAGCUUGGGGAUGUUUUGACGAGUUCAAUCGGAUAACAGUCGAGGUGUUGUCAGUGGUAGCGGUUCAAGUGAAGUCGGUUCAAGAUGCCAUUCGUGAUCAAAAAGAAAAGUUCAAUUUUAUGGGCGAGAUAAUAUCGUGUGUUCCGACAGUGGGAAUAUUUAUCACAAUGAAUCCGGGUUAUGCAGGUCGUACUGAGCUGCCGGAAAAUCUUAAGGCACUUUUUCGACCAUGUGCAAUGGUGGUUCCGGAUUUUGAGCUGAUUUGUGAAAUUAUGUUGGUAGCUGAGGGUUUUCAAGAUGCAAGAGUAUUGGCAAGAAAAUUCAUCACACUUUAUACGCUUUGCAAGGAAUUGCUCUCGAAACAAGAUCAUUACGAUUGGGGUCUGAGAGCUAUUAAAUCGGUUUUAGUUGUUGCUGGUUCUCUCAAGAGAGGUGAUCCCGGUCGGCCUGAAGAAGAAGUUCUGAUGCGAGCUCUUCGUGAUUUCAAUAUUCCAAAAGUUAUCACCGAUGACAUGCCGGUAUUUAUGGGACUCAUCGGUGAUCUCUUUCCUGCUCUAGAUGUCCCCCGUAAACGAGAUCAAGAUUUUGAAAAAACAGUCAAACAAGCUGCCUCUGAUUUAUUACUCCAACCCGAAGAUAAUUUUAUUCUAAAAGUCGUUCAACUAGAAGAACUUCUUGAAGUUCGUCAUUCAGUAUUUAUUGUGGGAAAUGCUGGAACGGGAAAAACUGAAGUGUGGAAGACUCUUCUUCGGACAUAUCAAAACAUCCAAAGGAAACCAAUAUUUAACGACCUUAACCCGAAAGCUGUGACAAAUGAUGAGCUUUUUGGGAUUAUAAAUCCAGCAACACGGGAGUGGAAAGAUGGCCUUUUAUCGGUGAUCAUGAGGGAUCAAGCUAAUAUUACCACUGAUCAGCCUAAAUGGAUUAUUUUGGACGGUGAUAUCGAUCCAAUGUGGAUUGAAAGUUUGAACACUGUUAUGGACGAUAAUAAGGUUCUAACAUUGGCUAGUAAUGAACGUAUAGCAUUGACACCGUCAAUGAGACUUUUAUUUGAAAUCUCGAAUUUGAGGACUGCAACACCGGCUACAGUAUCAAGAGCUGGAAUUUUGUAUAUCAAUCCUCAAGAUUUAGGAUGGAAUCCAUACGUAACAAGUUGGGUAGAGACUCGAAAAGUUCCAAUCGAGAAAUCAAAUCUUGUAAUGUUAUUCGACAAGUACAUACCAGCAGCAUUAGAAACCAUACGAACUCGUUUCAAAAAGAUCACCCCAAUCGCUGAGAUGGCACACAUACAGAUGCUAUGUCAUCUGUUAGAUUGCCUAUUGACGCCCUCGAACACACCGGCCGACUGUCCAAAAGAAUGGCACGAACUAUAUUUUGUUUUUGCUUGUAUCUGGGCAUUCGGUUCGGCUAUGUUCCAGGAUCAAGCUAUCGACUAUCGUGUCGAAUUCAGUAAAUGGUGGGUGAAUGAGUUCAAAACGGUCAAGUUUCCUCAAGGUGGCACAGUAUUUGAUUACUUCUUAGAUGCUGAAACAAAACAAUUUCUACCAUGGACCGAAAAAGUACCUAAAUUCGAACUCGAUUCAGAUCUUCCGCUUCAGGCGGUUCUUGUUCAUACAUCCGAGUCGAUUCGGGUGCGAUUCUUUCUUGAAUUGCUAAUGGAGAAAAAACAUCCUGUAAUGUUGGUCGGUACGGCUGGUUGUGGCAAAACAGUGCUACUCAAUGAAAAACUUCAAAAUUUAUCCGAAAACUAUGCCGUGGCUAAUAUUCCAUUCAAUUUUUAUACAACAUCAGAAAUGCUACAAAAAAUACUUGAAAAACCUUUAGAAAAAAAGGCAGGACGAAACUUUGGUCCUCCUGGCAAUAAGACACUAAUCUAUUUCAUUGACGACAUGAAUAUGCCAGAAGUUGAUUGCUAUGGCACUGUUCAACCUCACACAAUUAUUAGACAACAUUUGGACUAUGGCCAUUGGUAUGAUCGUAAUAAGCUUUCGCUGAAAGAUAUUCAUAGCUGUCAGUAUGUGGCUUGUAUGAAUCCGACUUCGGGAAGUUUUACCAUCAAUCCGAGAUUGCAAAGACAUUUUUGUGUAUUCGCUAUGAGUUUUCCAAAUGUGGAUUCGAUUAGUGUGAUAUAUUCAUCGAUAUUGUCACAGCAUUUUAUUAAUGCUGAACAAAAAUUUAGUCCAACUGUAAUGCGUUUGACGCCAAAUAUUGUUGCAGCUACGAUCGCACUGCAUAAUAAAUCAUCGCAGAUAUUUCUACCGACAGCUAUUAAAUCGCAUUAUAUUUUUAAUCUACGUGAUAUAAGCAAUGUGUUUCAGGGUCUUUUGUUUAGCACAUCUGAAUGCCUUACAUGCCCGACAGAUCUAAUAAGACUCUGGCAACAUGAAACACAACGUGUCUACGGUGACAAACUCAUCGAUGACAAGGACAUUGAUAGCUUCUCGAAAAUGCAACACGAUAUUAUUAAGAAAUCCUUUGAAGAACUUGACGAAACUGUUAUAUUCGAGAAACCAAAUAUCUAUUGCCACUUUGCUGGAGGAAUUGGUGAACCUAAGUACAUGCCCAUAACAGCAUGGACUGAGCUUCAUAAACUCCUUCAGGAAGCUAUGUCGUCAUAUAAUGAUUUAGUAGCUGCAAUGAAUUUGGUACUCUUUGAAGAUGCAAUGAUGCAUGUUUGCAGAAUAAACCGAAUUCUGGAAUCACCUAGAGGAAGUGCACUUCUUGUUGGUGUUGGAGGAAGUGGAAAACAAUCUUUAGCAAGAUUGGCUGCUUUUAUAUCUACUCUCGAAGUUACUCAAAUUCAAUUGAAGAAAGGCUAUGGAGUGAAUGAUCUUAGGACUGAAUUUGCUGGACUUUAUCUGAAGGCGGGGCUUAAAAACGUCGGAAUAAUGUUCCUCAUGACCGAUGCACAAAUUCCAAACGAAAACUUCUUAGUUCUCAUUAACGAUAUGUUAGCAACUGGAGAAAUUCCAGAAUUAUUCCCCGAUGACGAAAUAGAAAACAUUAUAGCUGGAGUGCGAAACGAAGUUAAAGGAGCCGGAAUGGUUGAUAAUCGUGAUAAUUGCUGGAAGUUCUUUAUUGAUCGCGUUCGAAAGCAGUUGAAAGUUGUUUUAUGCUUUUCACCAGUUGGAUCGACUUUGCGGGUUAGGGCUCGAAAAUUCCCCGCAAUAAUUAAUUCAACAUUUAUAAAUUGGUUCCAUGAAUGGCCGCAAGAGGCUCUCAUAUCGGUAGCUAUGAAUUUCCUCCAGCAGACCGAAGUUUUACCAGAAAAUCAUAGAGAUUCUGUGGCUAAGUUUAUGGCAUACGUUCACACUUCUGUUAACAGUAUGUCCAAGUUAUACCUACAGAACGAAAGACGUUUCAAUUAUACGACACCUAAAAGCUACCUUGAACAAAUAAGUCUUUAUACAAAGCUUCUCAAUAACAAACACCAGGAUUUGCGGGGUAAAAUUUUGCGCUUGGAAAAUGGUCUCGAUAAGCUACGAAGUACUGCUGAUCAAGUAGCUGAUUUGAAAGUCAAACUUGCUGUUCAAGAAGUUGAACUUAAGGAAAAAAAUGAUGCUGCUGAUGCUCUUAUCCAGAUAGUUGGUGUAGAAACCGAAAAAGUACAAACUGAAAAAGCUGUAGCCGACGAAGAAGAAAUGAAGGUAGCUAUGAUAGCCGAUGAAGUAACGAAAAAACAAAAGGAUUGCGAAGAGGAUUUAUUGAAAGCUGAACCAGCUCUAUUGGCUGCUCAAGAAGCUUUGAAUACUUUGAACAAAGCUAAUUUGACAGAGUUGAAAUCUUUUGGAUCACCACCAGGAGCUGUGACUAAUGUAACAGCUGCUGUUAUGGUUCUUUUAGCUCCGAAUGGUAAAAUUCCAAAAGAUCGAACAUGGAAAGCAGCUAAAAUUGCAAUGGCUAAAGUUGAUGCAUUCCUUGAUGGACUUAUAACAUACGAUAAGGAGAAUAUUCAUCCGGAAAUUAUCAAGGCCAUACAACCGUAUUUGAAGGAUGCUGAAUUUGAGCCAGAGUUUGUAAGAUCUAAGUCGGGUGCUGCUGCAGGAUUAUGCGCUUGGGUUAUUAAUAUAAUCAAGUUUUAUGAAGUUUACUGUGAUGUGGAGCCAAAAAGAAAGGCACUGGCAGCAGCAAAUGCGGAACUUGCAGCGGCGCAAGAAAAACUUGCCGGUAUUAAGAGGAAAGUUACGUCCCUUGAGGAACAAUUGGCCAAACUGACAGCCGAUUUCGAGCAAGCUACAGCCGAUAAGUUACGUUGUCAACAAGAAGCAGAUGCCACCCAAGCAACCAUUCAGCUAGCCAACCGUUUAGUUGGAGGACUUGCAAGUGAAAAUGUACGCUGGGCUGAAGCUGUUAAUAAUUUUGUGAAACAAGGCAUUACUCUACCCGGAGACAUCCUACUUAUAACUGCAUUCAUUUCCUACGUUGGCUGCUUUACCAAACAAUUUCGUAUAGACUUGAUGACAAAAAUGUGGCAACCCUAUUUGAAAAAUAUUGAUCCUCCCAUUCCGACAACAGAAAAUCUUGAUCCUUUGAGUCUCCUUACCGAUGACACAACCAUUGCAAUUUGGACAAAUGAAGGUCUACCAAGUGAUCGAAUGUCAAUGGAGAAUGCAACAAUUCUAUCAAAUUCUGAUCGAUGGCCUUUGAUGAUUGAUCCCCAGUUGCAAGGUGUCAAAUGGAUUAAGCAAAAAUAUGGAGAUUUAUUAAAAGUUAUUCGUAUGGGACAUCGUGGUUAUUUGGAUAUUAUUGAAAAGGCUAUUGUUAAAGGUAGUACAGUCUUGAUUGAAAAUAUAGAUGAACAACUUGAUCCGGUCUUAGAUCCGUUGUUAGGAAGAGCUUUGAUCAAAAAGGGAAAAGCUAUAAAGAUUGGUGACAAAGAAAUGGAAUAUAGCUCCAAUUUCCGGUUAAUAUUGCAUACUAAAUUGGCCAAUCCACAUUACAAGCCUGAAAUGCAAGCUCAAUCUACGUUGAUCAAUUUUACUGUGACUCGAGAUGGCCUUGAAGAUCAAUUGUUAGCCGAAGUUGUCAAAGCCGAGAGACCUGAUUUGGAAGAGCUGAAAGCCGAGUUAACCAAACAACAAAAUGACUUCAAAAUUAUGCUCAAAGAACUUGAAGAUGACCUCCUUUCAAGGCUUUCAUCAGCUGGAGCAAAUAUUUUGGGAGACACUGCUUUAGUUGAAAAUUUAGAAACUACAAAGAGCACAGCUUCGGAAAUUGAAAGAAAGGUGGCUGAAGCUAAAAUAACAUCACAAGAAAUCGACAAGGCCAGAGAGUACUAUAGACCAGCUGCAGCUAGAGCUAGCCUUUUAUACUUUAUUUUAAAUGACCUCAACACUAUAAAUCCUAUUUAUCAAUUUUCAUUAAAAGCCUUCAGUGUCGUUUUUCAAAAGGCUAUUGCUAAAGCUGAGCCAGCUGAUACAGUUGCAGGCAGAGUUACCAAUCUUAUUGAUUGUAUUUCCUAUUCGGUCUUUCAAUACACUUCGCGAGGAUUAUUCGAAUGUGAUAAACUAAUUUUUGCAUCUCAAAUGACUUUCCAGAUCUUGUUGAUGAGCGAAGAAGUUACCUCAACAGAACUGGAUUUCCUUUUGCGAUUUCCCAUUAAACCUCAUGUUACAAGUCCUGUUGAUUUUUUGUCAAAUCAAUCUUGGGGAGGUAUUUGUAGUCUUGCUUCAAAGGACGAAUUCCGUAACUUAGAUCGUGAUAUAGAAACAUCAUCAAAACGAUGGAAGAAACUAGUUGAGUCUGAAAUUCCAGAGAAAGAAAAGUUCCCCCAAGAAUGGAAGAAUAAAACAGCUCUUCAAAGACUUUGCAUGAUAAGAGCUUUGAGGCCAGAUCGAAUGACAUAUGCUUUGGCCGAUUUCAUUGAAGAAAAGCUUGGUUCAAAAUACGUCGAAAAUCGAACAGUAGAAUUCUCAAAAUCAUAUGAAGAAGCAAGUCCAUCAACACCGAUCUUCUUUAUUUUAUCGCCUGGUGUUAAUCCUUUAAAAGAUGUUGAAGCUCUAGGAAAGCAAUUAGGCUUUACAAUGGACGAUGGUAAUUUUCAUAAUGUAUCACUUGGUCAAGGUCAGGAGGUUAUAGCUGAAGCUGCAAUGGAUGAAGCAGCUAAAAAUGGACAUUGGGUAGUUUUGCAAAAUAUUCAUUUAGUUCGAAAAUGGCUGCCAGCGCUAGAAAAAAAAUUGGAACACUAUGCUGAGGGAUCACAUCCAAAUUAUAGAGUUUUUCUGAGUGCUGAGCCUGCAAGUUCGGCUGCUGCACAUAUUAUACCACAGGGUAUUCUUGAAUCCUCAAUUAAAAUAACAAACGAACCUCCAACUGGAAUGAUGGCAAAUCUACACAAAGCAUUGGAUAACUUUACUCAAGAAACACUCGAAAUGUCCUCCAAAGAAGCUGAAUUCAAAGCAAUCCUAUUCUCGCUUUGUUAUUUCCAUGCAGUUGUAGCUGAACGUCGUAAAUUCGGACCACAAGGCUGGAACAAAAUCUAUCCAUUUAACGUUGGUGAUUUGAACAUAAGUGUUUCCGUUCUCUAUAACUAUCUUGAAGGAAAUGCAAAAGUUCCAUGGGAAGAUCUACGAUAUCUAUUUGGAGAAAUUAUGUAUGGCGGUCAUAUUACCGAUGAUUGGGAUCGUCGUCUUUGUAUAAAUUAUCUUGAAGAAUACAUGCAACCCGAUUUAGUUGAUGGUGAAUUAUUUUUGGCACCAGCUUUUCCAGCUCCACCAAAUACUGAUUAUGCUGGAUAUCAUGGGUAUAUUGAUGAAAAUAUGCCAGCUGAAUCGCCAUAUCUCUAUGGUUUGCAUCCAAAUGCUGAAAUUGGGUUUCUAACAAUGCGAGCUGAGACUGUAUUUCGAACUGUAUUCGAAAUGCAACCGCGUGAUGCAGGAUCAAGCGGUGGUGCGACUGUGACUCGUGAGGAUAAAGUCAAACAGAUUGUUGAUGAGAUUUUGGAGAAACUUCCCGAAGAAUUUAAUAUGAUGGAAAUAAUGAAUAAAGUUGAAGAAAGGACACCUUAUGUUAUUGUAGCUUUUCAGGAGUGCGAACGAAUGAAUUAUCUAACAAGCGAAAUGAAACGAAGUCUUAAGGAACUUGAUUUGGGGUUAAAGGGUGAACUGACAAUAACAUCGGAUAUGGAAGAAUUAGAGAAUGCCUUGUUCUUAGAUCAGGUUCCAUCGGUCUGGACAUUACGUGCUUAUCCUUCUUUGCUCGGUUUGACUUCGUGGUUUGUGGAUUUGUUACUAAGAUUGAGAGAAUUGGAAACAUGGUCAACUGAUUUUGUGCUCCCUUCCUGUGUUUGGUUAGCUGGUUUCUUUAAUCCUCAAUCUUUGCUUACGGCUAUUAUGCAAAGUACAGCAAGACGGAAUGAAUUACCGCUGGAUAAAAUGUGUCUUCAGUGUGAUGUCACGAAGAAACAGAAGGAAGAUUUCACAACGGCACCUCGAGAAGGCGCCUACGUUCAUGGAUUAUUUAUGGAAGGCGCCAGAUGGGAUAUUCAAUCAGGCAUCAUUAUGGAAUCACGACUCAAGGAGCUCUAUCCACCGUUGCCUGUAAUAAAUAUUCGGGCCAUAACACAAGAUAAACAGGAUUUGCGAAAUAUGUAUGAGUGUCCGUUAUAUAAAACACGAACAAGAGGACCAACUUAUGUUUGGACAUUUAAUUUGAAGACCAAAGACAAACCAGGCAAAUGGACUUUAGCUGGUGUUGGAUUACUUUUGCAAACUUAAAGCACCUUUGUUAUAUACUUUACUACAUAUUUCGAAUUUAAACCUUAAGCACACAUAGAUUUUGAUUGUGUCAGUCAUGAAGUCAUGUAACAAGCAU